AUGGGCAAGUCUGGGGUGCUCAAGAAGCCGUCUGCCUCCGCUCUGGUCAAGAAGCCGUCUCUGAAGCAAGACCCCAGCGACGAUCUGGCACCUGCCGUGCCUGAGCCGCUGCAGCGACUGAAAGCUCUGUCUGAAGCGUCUGAAGCCUCUGGGGAGACUGUGCUUCCGUCCGAGGAGGCAUCUUUGUAUGCACCGGAUUGUUUCCUGCAUCUCUGGGAUACUCUGAGUUCUGAACAGAAGGAGUAUCUUCGCAAACCGAGCUUCUUGUUCUCUCUGAUUCCCGAUUGGGUCGAGCUCUGUGUCAGUUCUGUAGCUCCUCUGAACACUGACAUGGUGUCCUCUGCGGUGGUCUCUGCCUACGUGGCGGUCUGUGCUCUGGGCAAAGCCUUUCUGCGAAAGCAGGCGGAGAUUCUGACCUUGCUUGGUCUGUUCCUCGGCCUGGAUCGAGCGGAUCUGUUCUUCUGCUUGGCAUCUGGUGAGCAGAUCAGCCUCAUCUGGAACGGUGCCGUCAGUCUGCGCUGGACUCUGAAUGGCUGGCUGGUCAGGCGACGGGAUCUGUCUGUUGGAGAUCAUCUCUGGCUUUGCUGGAAGAACCCUCCACAAGGACACGCUCUGACAGAGCGAGAUCAGGGGGAUCUAGGGUUCUCUGAGGAGGAAGCCUCUGAUCCCAACGGCGAAUCUGCUGCCGAAGCCUCUGGCGAAGGUUCUGCUUUGCCUGCAUUGUCUGAAAAGAGCCUAGGAAGAAGCUUUCUGAUUGUCCAUGAAGAUGGCGGCGGUGCUGCGGCCGCUUCUUCUGCUGCUUUGGUGUCCAGCGAGGACGUGUCUGAGCAGCUUGUGGCAGCUUCUGAAGGUUCUGGAAAGCAGAAGAGACUGCUGCACUUCUGGAAGCCCGAGCACCCUCUAGCAGAGAAGCCUCCUCUGGAGAAGGAAGCUCAGCCCAAGGGCAGGCCACUGUCCGCUGCCAUGAAGCAAAUUCUGGCAGAAGUGGCAAGAGAGUCUGUUGUAGAACAGACUGACGAAGAAGCCCGUCUGGAAGCUCAGCGACGCUACGCGAAGAAGAAGAACACUGGCAGACCAAAGAAUCUGCCUGGAGCUCCUUCUAAGAAGCGCUCUGCAGAGAUGCCUCUGGCAGUGCAAGCCCGUGUUCUGAAGCAGAUGAAGACAGAGAUGCCUGGCUUUAGUUCUGAGCAGGACUUCGCUGCAGGCAUGAGCCGGAAACUUGGUCUGGACAAGAAGUACGUGAAGAAGCUCUGGGCUAGAAGAGACACCGUUCUCUUGCAACAGUCUGAGCGGAACUUCUCCGUGCGCCCUGGCAAGCACCUGUCUGGCCACUCUGGUAGGGGCCGUCAGAAGGCUAGCUCCAGACUACCAGGCCAAGGCUUCCGUCUGGCAGGAGCUGGCCGCAAGGCAGAGUUUUCUGCCGUGAAGACCGCUCUGCGGAACUGGUUCGAGGAGUCUCGUGCCUACGGGCACUCUGUGAAGAAGCGGCAUCUGCUGUCGCAGUGGCAGCUUCUGCUGAGCCAGGAGCUUCUGAAGCUCAAGUCUGCGAAGAGUGCCUCUGCAGACUCCUUCGAGCGGGGUCGUCUGGAUCAAAAGAUCUCUGAAGGCGAGAAGCAGCUGCAGUCUGCUGCGAAAGAUUCUGGCAAGAACCGUCUGAGGCAGCUGAUGCUGGACGUCGGUGCCAAGAAUCUGCAGCCGGAUCUGAAGACGAAGCUGUCUGAGUCUGAGGAGAUGGUCUCUGCGAAGCUCACUUACCAGAGUCUGGACCGCACUCUGUGGACAGCCUGCUUCGCACCUCUGGAGGAUCUGGCGACCAGGGUUGCCAAGCCCUCUGAGUUCAGAGAGCACGUCUCUGAUUUGGUCGUGAUCUGCUCCGACCAAAUCCCUCUGUGGAUAAAGUCUGGCAGCGAGCGAGAGCUCUUUGCUGAAUGGGAGCACAACCCUCUGCCCCAGCAGCAUCUGCGAGAGGCUCUGAAGAAUCACCAUCUGUCCUCCUCUGACCAGGUGAAGUCUGGCGAUCUGGUGGCACCUCUGCUGCAGGCUGUGAAGCCGUCUGCUGCCAGGCAAGCUCUGUACGGCCUCUGCAAAGACCCUGCUCUGGAGGGCGAGUCUGGUCAGUCUGGUUUGAGCGGUCAAGUUCUGCCUGGUCUUCUGGUGGUGCACGGCUCUCACGCUCGUCUGAACAACAUCGACAGCUCUGGUCGAUUUCUGCGAGACGAGACGUUUGAGUUCUCUGGCAAGGUGAUCUGCCGCAAAGCAGGCUCUUCUGCUGGCAAUCUGCUCCGUGGCUGGAGGCAGGCGAGGGACAAGGAUCCUUCUCUGUUUCGCCAGAUCAGUCUGAUGAGCCAGCCCUCUGCGAAUGUGGAUGGCAUCAUCUUCGCCUGGGCUCAGGAGGAGCUGGCUGCUCUGGCACCUGCCUCUGUCCAUGUCCGCGACUGCUUCGCGGCGGCCUGGUCUGUCUCUGGGGCAGAGUCUCUGUUCUACUCGCAGAGUCUGCAGACGGUCAUUGGACCGAAACUGACUGCGAGUCUGCAACUGACUGACACAGACUAUGCCAGAUCUUUCAAGAGUCUGGCAAGGUCUGCCAUGGACAACCUGCAUGCCGGUCAGACUGCUCUGCUGGCAGCUGGCGAGAAGGAGUUCUGGCGAGCGAGCCAUCUGGACAUGGCGACGGCUGUGGUGCAAGCUCAGACGAAGAUGUCUGAGCGACAGGCCUCGAAAGACUGGAUCGUGUCUGGUCUUCGCCGAAAGGGUCUGCUGGCUUACAGACCGGACUUCUCCAAGCAGACUCUGGUGCCUCUGAAAGACGAAGACUGCUGCGGCGCCUCCAUGGGUUCUGCAAGGACGAAGCCAGCCUGGCUGAAGGACCGCUACUCCUGGCUGGAUGCAUCUGGCAUUCCAGCCCAGCCGGACUGGUCUGCUCCGCACGGAGCCAAAGUCGUGGCGGAUCUGGUGGAAUGGAGCUACCACCAGUCGGACUCGCAGGACGAGGCUCUGGAAAGCCAGGUCUCCGAGGCCCUUCUGAACGUGCACGAGAUGCCACUGGAUCUGCAGCUCCCCUGCAUCGAAUCUGGCGUCCUGACACUUUCUCUGGACCUGCAACGUGCAGCCUGGCACAAGCAGCUCUCUGCGGACCAAAAGACUCUGCAGAAGAAAGCUGUGAAGCGAGACGUGAAGCAGAUGAUCGUUCUGGCCAAGCGGAAGCUUCGAGGAAAGCUUCUGGAAGCCAUGAGGCAUCGUCUGACACAGAUGUCCCGACAGCAAGCUUUGCAUCGUCUGGUGCCGAGAGCUUCUGACAAGAAAGCCUCUGUGACGAAGAAGGCCGCUCUGAAGCAGAAGAAAAAGACGGCCCUGGCCCACGCUGCCAAGGCUCUGGCGAAAGCCAAGGCUCUGGACGACAAGCCCUCCGGCGACUCUGCUUUGGUGCCUGGCCCUGCUCUUGCUGACCCCGUCUCUCAGAAGGCCUCUGAGCUGAAGGAGGCAACGAAGGGCCCUCUCUACGGCCGAGUCUGCAGGAUUCUGCGAGAGGACCACACCUGUGGCAAGUCUGGCAAGUGCUCUCUGCACAACCUUCUGACGAACCAGGUCUCUCUGGUUGGUGUAGGGGAUGCCUGUGCCACCGUGAUCCUCUCUGACAAGGAGGUCUGCGAGGCUUCUGGCGGGUUCUUUGCUGCGGAGCCUGUGGAACUGCUGAAGUUCAAGAAGUCUUACCCGCAGAUGCUUCUGGACCAGCAUCUUCGGUACGGCUGGGAACUUCUGCGCUACAAUCUGAGCGACUCCGACGAGAACUGGUUCCUGGAGAACAAGAUCUGCAUGGUGGACCCCAAGCUCUCUGGGCAGCUCCUCGGCGAACACGACCGCCCCGAGCUUCUGCGGGCUGCUCUGGACAGACUUCGUUCUGAGAACAAGCUGCUGUUCGUGCCUGUCUGGGGGCACUCUCCGAACCACUGGACUCUUCUGGUCCUGCAGCGAGCAGAGCUCUCAGAAAACUUCUCUGUGAAGUACCUGGACAGCCUGUCUGAGAAGCACGAGGAGUGCUCUGUGAACGCUGCCCGGCUUCUGUCUCUGCUUCUGCCGGCAGAGACUCUGCCAGAGAGAAGCUCCUCUGGCACCCAGAAGUCUGACGAGUGCGGCUUCUGCGUUCUGGCCAACAUGCUCUGGAUCUGCUCGGGCCUGCUUCUGGAAGGACCCUGUGCUCGUGGGUCUCGCGGGAAGCUGGUUCUGGAGCUCAUGUCUGAGCUGAAAGGCUUUCUGGCGCAGCUGUCUGGCGAGCAGUCUAAGCUGGAGAAGGAGCUUCUGGCCAAAGAGAAGGAUCUGGAGAAGACUCUGAAGGCCAACCGGAUCCGCUCUGAGAAGCUGGCUGCGAAGUCUGGCAAGGACGCUGCCUCUGUUCUCAAGCUUGAGAAUCUGGCGAAGCAGCUCCUCUCUCUGAACAAGGAGCCUGACGCCUCUGAUCUGUCUGAGGAGGACAAGUCUCGCAUCGAGACUGUCCGUCUGACAGGUCUGGGCGUCUGUUCAAGAUGCCACUGGCAAAGUGGCUGUCUGGACUGUGAUCCUGCGAAGCUGGAGCGGUAUCUGCUGAACAGACUGCGUCUGGAGCUGGGUCUGCCACCUAAGGCAGCCUGA